GAUUCCCCGAAUUUAUAUUUUGCGGUUUUUGCAGUGACGUAGGCAUCGUUGAUCAUGACGUCAUCAAACAUAAGGACCAUAUUGGGAAGUAUGGAAUUCGGGAGGCGACUCGAUUUCAAACAAAGUAACCUCGUAAUGAACGAAUUUAUCAGCCACUCCAAGUCACAUAACACGACGGCUGAGGUGGAUUCUGCGUUCAUGUACGCUGGUGGAGAAUCGGAGAAGCUGAUUGGUCGGUCUGAUGGUUGUCGUGACGAUGUCGUUCGUAUUGCAACGAAAGCUAACCCAUGGGGGGGAAAUACCCUGAGUAGAGAAGGGGUGAGAAAACAACUGGAGACUUCGCUGCAGAGGAUGAAGGUCAAGUCAGUUCACUUAUUCUACCUUCACGCCCCCGACUAUAAAGUACCAAUCGUCGAAACAUUAGAAGCUGUCAAUCAAAUGCAUAACGAGGGGAAAUUCAAGGAGCUUGGGUUGUCGAAUUACUCAGCGUGGCAAGUUGCACAGAUCCACACAAUCUGCAGCACAAACUCAUGGGUCGUACCGACUGUGUAUCAAGGAAUGUACAACUGCGUAACGCGAAUGGUGGAGAAGGAGUUGUUUCCGUGUUUGCGACAUUUCAACAUGAGGUUUUACGCAUACAACCCGUUAGCUGGGGGAAUACUAACGGGGAAACAUAAGUUCGAAGAUGUGGGGAAAGAUGAACCAGGGAGGUUCUUUGGGACAGGGGGAUGGGUUGGGACGUAUAGACAAAGAUUUUGGAGGAAAACCAACUUCGACUUGGUUGAAGAGAUAAAGGUUUUGUUACAAGAUAUCUAUGGUGGUGAAGUAACGCUCGCUGAAGCUGCGUACAGAUGGUUGUUUCACCACUCCUCACUUGAUGGCAGCAAAGGAGACGGCGUUAUCAUCGGUUGUUCGACGAUCGAGCAAUAUCACGCCAAUAUCGCCAACACUAGAGGGCCAGGGUUGGAUGAGCGCAUCACCAAAGUCAUGGACCAAUAUUGGAAACAAAAUGCAACAACCUGCCCUGAUUAUAUGCGAUAAAACAUAGAAAUCUUGUAUUUGGCUAUAAUAAAGUUCAACAACACGAUACCAGUGAAAAAUCGCUCACGUAAUUACAAUCGCAACUUAGAUUUUG